GUAUCUGAUAUGUUCUGUUGAAUCACAUCGGAAGCGAAGAGAGUGUAUGGUCAGACAAUCUCGCUCAGAUAUAGCUCAGCUCCUUUCCAAUGGCCGCUUCUCAGAAGCUCUUCCAAAGGCGAAACAAUUCUAUGAAGAUGAGCGAAGGUUAUUGGCGUACGAUCAGGUCGACAACUUAUGCGCAUCCAUCAUGCAGAAGCAGAAUAUAUCUAUUUUAAAUCGUCAAAGCGAUGUUCAUCUGUUACCAGACAUAGUUAAAGAAGCAGUGGCCGGAAUGAUAUUUGCUGCAUCAAGAAUCGGGGAGCUUCAUGAGCUUCAAUACAUAAGGAGCCUGUUCUUUGUGAGGUUUGGGAAUGAGUUUGACAAGGACUGUGUAGAUUUGCGCCGAGGAAACGUCGUGGGUUCGGAGAUAGUCAAGAUUCUAGACACCAAGUUGCCGCAAGAAGAAAUUAGAGACAUUGUAAUGGAACUUUCUGGUAAUGAACUUGGCAUUGGUGAUUCUGAAGCGGAGAAGAUGAAAAGCAUUGUUAGGAGAAAGUUGCUGCGUUCAAAUGUUGGAGAGAUUGAAGGAAGAGAUCGAUGA